ACAUCUGUCUCUGCAGCGCAUCUGGCAAUGUACACUCACGAUGGCUUUUUUCUGUCAGCAGCACAGCUACGAAACAGAGCUCACUACUAAAGUAGUAUCAUGCAAGCAGGCACAGAUGAAAUUGGAGGUCAAUGGACGUAAGCAGAAUGUAAAGGGAUUUGAACUCAUUUUGGAAGACACUGUUCUUUUUCCAGAAGGAGGGGGCCAGCCUGAUGACAGAGGAACUAUAAAUGAUGCAGAAGUUCUAAGAAUAACGAGGAGGGGUGCAGAUGCCAUUCAUUUUGUGACAUCAUCUUUUGACCAGGGGUCAGAGGUUAAACAAACCGUUGAUUGGCAGAGGAGAUUCGAUCACAUGCAACAACACUCUGGCCAGCAUCUUGUCACUGCGAUCGCUGACAAUACAUAUGGGUGGAAAACAACGUCAUGGGAUCUUGGAAGAGAGAAGUCUUUCAUUGAAUUGGACACACCCAAGAUAUCCCAUGAGCAACUUACACAGCUUGAGAAAGAUGUCAACGAGGCAAUCAGAAAAUGUAUUCCAAUGACCCCGAGAUUAGUUGAAAUUGGUUCCAAAGAGUUGCAAGAGGUCCGUACCCGUGGAUUACCUGAUGACCAUGUAGGUCUAGUUAGGAUCGUGGAGAUUGAAGGCAUAGAGGCAAACAUGUGCUGUGGUACUCAUGUUUCUAAUCUUAGUCACCUACAGGCCAUCAAGCUCCUUGGUGCCGAGAAGGGAAAGAAAGGGAAGACAAAUCUGUACUUUUUAGCCGGUAAUAGAGUCCUCUCUUACCUUGGCAAAUGCUACAGCAACGAGAAGGCCCUCAACUUAUCUCUCAAAUGUGGCCCUGAGGAGCACAUCCAACAAGUUGAUAAAAUACAGAAGUCAUUGAAGGCAGCUAACAAGACGUCACUAACCCUACUGAGGGACCUUGCUGUGCUAGAAGCCAAGCAUUACAAACUCAAUCCUAACCGGGAUCCAUUAUUAUCCAUCCAUCGUAAAGAAGGUGAUGCAGAGUACAUGAUCAUUGUAGCCAACGAAGUAGGACCCGAGGUGAGUAGAUGAUCAUUUUUUUUAAUUUUUUUUUCCAAAUUUUAUUGAUUUUCAAGAUUUUUUUCGUAACAUUACAAAAACAACAAUCAUACAUGAAUUACAUAAUUGUAUAACAUUAAAAGAACAAUAAUUAAAUAGGAAUCACUGUAACAAUUACCACAAAAAACAAAACAACAAACAAACAGACCUGAUGUAAAAGCUAAACAAAAAUGAGUCCCUGGUGGUUUGGAUUGUUUUAUCAAAAUGUAAUUAUGGAUAAUUAAAAUAAAUUCUCAAUAGGGGACCAUUUUCUAUAGUGCAUGUUUUCUUUGUGCUUUUGUUAAGCAAUUACCAAUUUUAUAUGUCUGAUUUUGCAAAUGAAUGCUUCAAAACCUAUAAAACUUACUACUAAAUUCCUGCAUUUCUGAAUAUAAAUGUAUCUCUUCAAUAAGAUAAUUAAGUGAUUCAGUAAUAUUUUAUGUGGUCCCUUUCAAUCCUUUAUGAAGCCAAACAUCACUCUUUUCCUAGAUAGAUCCUCAUAUCUGACAGAUAGCUUCAGACCAAUUUUAUCAACAAAAGCACGUCUUAAAUCUUCAGCAACCUUACAUUCAUAAAAAAGAUGUAAAGGAGUUUCAACAGAGGUCUUGCACAAUGUGCAAAGUUCUGUCUCAACUUGCUUCAUUUUAAAUAGUCUCUCAUUGGUGUAGAGAAUAUUAUGCAAAAUUUUAAACUGGAAGACUCUCAUUUUAACUUCUAUUGUGCAUUUAAAUGGGAUUAAAUACAUUUGUGGCCAUUGUUCCUCCUCUAUCCCAUAUUUAGUGGAAAAUAGGGGCUCACAGACAGGUCUAUGUGUUAAUUUACUCACUAAAUCAACAUAAAUAUUUCUAGUUUUUAGUUUUUGAAUUUCUCCUGUCAAAAGGAUGGACUGAUCAUGUUCAUUAUCUAUUUUCUCCAAGAACAUUUGUAUCAAUAAUUGAUUAAAUGAACUUCCCCAUUUCUUCCUGACUAGUGAUACUAUUGCCAAAUAUAUCAUGUGAUAUUUAUGUGGUACUUCUCUUGCUUUCC